CCGUCUUUCCACACGUCCUCAUUGUUUAUCUGCCUCCAUGUUCAGGUUGGAAAUGCAGCCUUCAGUGUGUUCUGAACAAGUCCUAAAAGGUAAAGAUGGUUUGUGGUCGGGCGUGCGAUGGACGCCAGCACAGAUACACGUAAACCCUCCACACAUCAGCAGGGUGUGAUUCUGCUCAUGUUACGUAUUUAGAAGAGGUGUGUGGGUUUGUGGGCUAGACAGCAACAAUGCAUGGGAUGCAGAUGUAAAUACAGUUGGACAGCAACAACCUGGAGGAGCCCACACGCGCUUUCCACAUACAGUACGGGCUUUGACAGAUGUGAGUGGAAAUGGAUACGUGCUUCACUCCCGAUAUCAUUUUCUCCGUGCUCUUCGUAUCCCCGGUUCAAUUUGGCUCCUGAGUUUAUUUUCAAAGCUCUAGAGAUGGUGCGUGACAUUGCAGCAGUGCUGCCAUUCCCUCAACAAAGCUACAGAUCCCAUCCACAUCACACGGUCAGCUGUUUUUUUCUUCAAAUUAGACAUCUUAGGGUGAGUAAUCAAGCAAAGAAGUAAUCCACAGAUCUAAUUGAUUUCUUUGUUCUCCUACUGAUUUCAUCUGGCAGCAGAUGGUUUUCCCAGUGCUCUAGUGUGUGUGUGUGUGUGUGUGUGUGUGUGUGUGUGUGUGUGUGUGUGUGUGUGUGUGUGUGUGUGUUAACAUACAGACUGUGUACAGUAUGUGUGAGUUUACCAACUCUCAAAUAUCAGGGGAUAUCCUCCAUUGCUGCUGUAGGGUCCAUCCUCUGGGGACUGUGAAAAGCUAUGUAAUUGCUGCUUAGACAAAAAAGCUGCAUAUAAUGAAACUACAGUAAUAAGUUGCAGCGUGUGUGUGUUUAUCUGACAGAUCAAGCUGGAAUCUCACAGCAGUCUGACUUUAUUUCCAGUAAUUACAUGUCCACAGGGAGUGGACAUUUUCGCCUGAUCUCAAUAAAACAUGAGUGUUAUUGCUAAUCUGCGUGAAGGUUACUCCCACGCUGAGCAGUUUCCUCUCCAGACAGGUGAGGAAACAUUACAGGCCAUUGAGGCACUGUUAGGUCUUCACAUUACCACUCUAGAUUAUUUCAUUUCGAGUCCACAAGAGAUCAGAGAUAAUUUCAUCAGAAUUCUCAGCACGCAGAUGUAAAUUGUAGAAAUGUCCAUCAGCGCGGCCGUAAAUCUGAUUAAAGAAAUCCCCGUUCAGCCAAACCAUAGCAGCCAUGUAGGCUUUGAUACAGAUCAUUUCAUUCAGACCCUCUGCCGUUUUGCAGGAAAUGAAUCCUGACUACUGAAUCCCAAACACAAUUAGCUGGAUAAUAACGUGUGGCGUGGCUGCCCAGUUCCUCCAGUCUAGUGAUCUUUGGGCGAAUUAUUAGACACAGCCAUGUACCAGAUGGAUCCCAAUGUGACUUCCGUUCAGACAUUAUGACAGUAAAUCUUCCCACACUGAACGUCCAUCACACAGAUUAGUUCACAUAAUGGACCUCACAGCUCUCGGCUUGGGCUCUAAGUGUGUGCGAUUUGCGAUGACUCCUUCUACGGACAAAGACAAUUGAUGGUUUGAGCUUUUUCGCAGUGUGACUUUGGCCGCUUUAUUUAAUUAAAUACUGAGGUACAGUAACAGCUGGAAGAUAAAAUUAGCCUGUCACUUCUUUUUCCUUUCCACACUGUGACUUCCAUUACAUGAUCUUUCAAAGCUGGGAUACCUGUGAUACGGGAGAGAAUGAUGAACCCUCAGGUAGUACGUCAAAUGCCACUCCUCCCCUCCAGGAAGACGACAAACAAAGAUGACAGCAUACACGCCGGUACAGGUGCACUUGGAUAAUACAUCAGUCUCUUUAUUCUCAGCAAGGCGAAGAGAAAAAUAAAAACACCUUCUCUUUAUAGCGCAAGAGCUCUUGCAGGAAAUUGGGAUUGAGCCUGGAACCACAGCGAAUGUUUCUCCUUUUCAAAUAUACCAAUUAUGUGGAAGGUGGAGUACAGGCAAUCUGUCUCCCACUGACUUGCAGCAGACCGUGCAUUUUCCUGGUAGCAUCCCAAGGGCUAACCGCUCCGUAGCCUUGGCCUCUGGGGCGUUGGCGGAACUUCAAGCACCUUCAGCUCCGGCUUUCAUGCUCGCAGAAAAUCUGCUUCCGAGUAUCCACAAACAGGAAAACUGUCAUACCAUGUAUAUUGCACGGUUGCACUGGUGUUGCAUCAACUUGGAAAUAUAUCCUCUACAGAAAAGGCUGGGAUUAGUCUUCUUUUUUUAAGUAAGUGUUUUUUUUCCUAAAUCUCUAUAGGAAUACACUGCUCCUGCAGCUUUAAAGUCUAAAAUCUGAGCUCUUUGAUUUUUUCUGCUGCAACACUUCCUUUCAUUUCCACCCCAAAACAAUCCUCACACCUCAAACAAGACAGAGUGGCGUGAAAAGGAGAGUGCUAUUGAUUGGUGCUGUGUCACUUCAUACAGUCUGUGGGGAGUAAACACAUCGACACGACGCUCCUAACGUGGGGAUUGCAGAUGAAACUGCUGCAUUCGGUAAUGACUGUGCAACCUCAGGCGUUCUCAGCUUGAAUUUUCAUCUGCAGUCUUAUCAUCAUUACAGUGUUUUAUUACAGGAGAAUGUUUCCGCAUUGGAAACGCAAUGCAAUGAUUUUGUCUUAAGUACGCUUAAUGCAAAGGUGGAAUAGAAACAACCCAGACUACCCAACAAUGAUCACUUCAACAAGUCACUGUCUGACCUUUUAUAGUAACACCAGCAGCAGUCACCAGAUGUAUAAACCUAUAAACACGAACCACCAACGAGAACCAAGAGAUGCUACAACAGAAGCUGAUUUGCCAUCUGCUCUGAGACUGUGUAGCGAUGCUAACCUAAUUUUAUUAAUGGAGAUGGUGUGGCCAUUAUCGCCAUAGCAACUGCAGCAAUCAAGCACUGAGGUUGUGGAGGAAACAGAUGGAUGAGACUGAUAGUUUAAAAGAGAAGGGGGGGGUAGUCAGAGUUUAAGGCGUAGGUGGAAAACAUAGAGAACCAGCUUUGCCUGAUGCCAUCCAUACCUGAUGCCAGUUAUUGUGUGUUGUUACCACGGGAGACAGAGUGUGUGCUCUUUGCUGAGGGCUUGCAACAUCAAGCUAUAACCAAUAGAUCAUUUUUUCACCCCAAAAGAAAAAGAGAGAAAUGACCCAGAAGCAGAAGGUUAAUAAAUCAAGACGGAGAACUGCUGCUGCUCCGCGUUGCACUGAAGUAAAAAGCAAAUGGACUGAAUAUUAGUCCGAGCACAAAUUGAUGUCCUGUUAGCUUCAAUUUACUGCAUCACUAGCUCCAGGUAAUGGUAAAGUAAAACCCAAAUCUUCAGUUUAAGACACCGCUGACUGAGAUGACUCCCGUAAAGGUUAUUUCACACAUUCAGACAGGUGAGAGCACGGGUUUAGUUUGUGCACAUGUGCAUGGGUAUGAGAGCAGCGGUCUGUUUGAGUGGUCUCCUAGGCCUUUGUGUAGAAGCUGUCAGACAGAAACACUGCAUUCUGAAGCAAAGCGAGAACUUACAGACACAGUAUGUAAAUGUUCGACAAUGCUUGUGUGUGAGUAAGCCUCGGUUCUGCUAUGUAUGUAACUGAUUGAUGAAGGCCAGGUAAUUUGUUGUGGAAUAUAUUAAAGGUUUUUAUGCAUCUAAAUGCAGCAUAACUCUCCUUUAGUUUUAAUUCAUGAGUGCGGAGCUGGUUUAUUUGCCCUGGAGCAGCUUUGCAGUCCCUGUUAGUCCAUAUGGUUGCCUCUCUAUCAAAGAGAUGAAUAGUGUAUAUGCUGUGUUUGUUUUUCGCCCACUCCUCAUCUGCAAAUUACAUUCAUCGCUAACCAGCAUCCUCUCAGCAGUAAAAGACAAAACAGAGUGGGAGGAGCGAAUGGACAAAGAGGAUAGACUCAAGUGAAGGCAGUGGCAUCAGGGGCCCUGCAGUAAAACUCCACCGGUGCCAAUCAGUCAUGCAACCGCUUCACGUGUUUCACUGCGUGAAUCAUCUCCGACAGUUCGUUUACCCACGGCGCCUUUAAGCACCUCUUCAGGCGUCUGAAGAUAAAAACAAACUAAAUGUACUGCGGCUGCCAUCGCUAAAUCAAUUACAAGGACCGACACCUGUCACGUGUCGGAAUAAGACGAGUGUUCGCCCUCUCGGAUGAGACUUGUAACAGUGUCCAUAAAGCCACCUGACAGACUCUGGCUUUUAGCUUUAGCUGUAAAAAUAAUGACGGCAGCUGAGAGUGUCAAAACAAAUUGUAUAUUAAAAUGUUCCGCCUGUCUAAGCUAAUGAGAAAACAUUCCACCAACAAUACAUCGCAAAAAGGACCAGUGGUUUAUCAAUGCAAAUUUUAUUUUUGCCUCGAAUAAUAUCUCAACUUGAAGCGUCUGAGGAAGCUGUAUUAUUCGACACCUAUUGACUCUUAAACGUUUACCUCAUCUGCCUUGUUAAGUGUUGUUGUCUAGGCGUUGACUCAGUAAUCAGUAGUUGUCUGUCUUUGCACAAACAGGACUGUAAUUUAUCAGCAGGGGUUCACAAGUGUUGCCCUUCAGCUCAUCCCAGACGUUCAGGCAGACUGGCAUCAUCCUCACCUGCUGUCUGAAAGCAGUGCCUAAUCAGUCCUAGCCACAUGUGACCUAAUCCAUUAAAGGCUGGUUAAGGGGUCGUGGAGGUGCCGCAGCCAAUCAGAGGUGACCUUGGGUGAGCGGCAGGGUACAUCCUGGACGCUUCAGCAGUCAAUCACAGGGCCAGUCUGAAAAAACUCAGGCCACAGAUCUCAUUUACAUUCAGUGAAGAAUCACCAGUUAACACGACUGUAUGUCUGGAAUCAGACAAGCGCAGCUCCCGACCACCGGCGCCGGCCUGUAAACCCGCACCGCCUCCGUUAUCAGUACAUUUUCUUCCUGAGGAGGAGAAGUCUCAAGCGCACACGGUCUUGUCUAAUUGAAUUUCACCUUUCAACACAAACCUGUGGCUGCCAGCCCAGGGUUAAGGCGCUCUUAUUGCCGCUCCGCUUGCUCUCACUCACUGCAGUUCCUUGCUAUGAAUUAUUCACUUGCGCAGCCACAUCUGAAAAGAGGCCAGCGUGCGCUGCGAUAAACUCAGUCAAUUAGAUCAUCUGCUGCAUAGAAUUCUUCACAAUAGCUCAUUUUUGCUGCCAUCGAUUUCUUUUUCUUUUUUUUUAUCUGUGAAUGUGUGUAUUAUUGUUUUUUAUCUGAUAUGUGGAACAAUGGCAGGUUCACACAGAUUUGCACUACUUCACCAGGUCACUGACAUUCAAAGAUCAUAUCAUAAUAUUCAUGUAAUUUUCCUCCAAUUUCUCCCUUAUUCAGCCUGGAACCAUCUGAUCAACGUGUGCGCCUUCAUUUCCAUGAUGACUCUCUCAGCCACUGAGCUAAGGCUGGUGUUUUAACAAAAACAAUACAUAAAACCUAAUAAUGUGCCUAUUAAUUUAUUUCUUGAAAUCACUUUUGUACGUGUGCCAUUUAGGCGAAUGAAUGAUCAAAAAUUUGGAGUGAAUAUAAAUUAUUCAUUAUUCAUAACGGUUCAAUGUGUUUUUUUUUUUUUCUACAGUGGAGAGAAAAGUAAAACUAAUACAAAGUACAAACCCAAAGUGAAAGCUGCACUAAAUUGAAAGGAGCAGAGAGAGGCUGCAGAACGGCGAUGAACAGCUUGACCUUGCUCCACUUCUCCUGUUUUGUCACUCGCUGUCUCACUCAUUUUCUUUCACUAACGAUUCCUUUCACAUCCCCUGAAAGAGAGCGAUUCGAAUCAUCGAAAACGGUCCUGAUGAAUAGAUGGCGGCUGGAAAAAGCGAGGGGAGAAGGUGCAGGAAGAAGUCGUUCGGUGAGACGUCGGCGGAGGGAAGUGAUGAUGGUGAAAACGUCAGAGAAAUGUAAUGUCCUGUGCUUGGAAGGUUCACACCUUAAACCGGCACCGCUAGAUACACCUACGAGCAGCUGUAACGGGGCCAGCUUCAUUUUAUCUACGGGGGUUUGUCUGGAUUUAACACUUUAUACCAGGAUUAAAGAAGGAACAGUCGAGCCAGCUGCUGUAAUGAAGUUUGGUUCCCGAGCCCAUCGCCAGCUCCAGACCCCACAGCCCCGAGUGGCCGGGUUGUGUUUCUGCAGUGGCGACGGGCUCCAGGCCUUUGGAAGCACAUUGUCUCACAGUCAAGUCUGGCAGCGCACACGAUGGCUGUGCUCAGCGUGUCCCUGCUGACGCCAGAGAUGGGCCUCAUCAUCUGAAACCUUUAUGGCCCCGUCGUUGCAGGAGGCAAGUCCCUCCAGAGCUGUUGGAAGAGCUGCCUCCUGACUGCAGCGCUUCUACAGAACCUAGUGAUGAAACGAGGACAAGGAGGGGUGCCAGCACCUCCUCCAGCCAGUCUUCACUGCAGACAGAUAAUUGGUCCCUCUGAGGCUGCUCACCACUCGUCAUACUAUACAUGCAGAGAGAGGCCCUGCGGUAGCCAUGUAUGAGACGCACCACAGUGGACACAAUAGUGCGUGUCAUGGCUGCAAAACUCCACCUGCAUGGCCAGGACUGAGCUGCUGACAUUUCCUAUACACUGUGAAAGCCCUGGGGAAUCAGGAUGUUCUCCGGAGAUAGAUGAAUCAGCAGAGAUCUUAUUAGCAAAACCGCUGUGAAUUACUGAAUGGACCGGAGGAGAUGAGGAAACGUGGAUUCCAACAAGAACACAAUCUGCUUUGUGACUUCACAUGCUGCAUCACCAGGAGCUCCUCUGCACGCUGGUGAUGGAUGGCUACCUCGUGGCUUAUGAGCAAAUUGUGAUUAAAGCUCCCACCGAUAGACAUUUAGCCUCAGAGGUGGAGUCUAACACCAACAUGUUUGGGCUUAACCCCAUAUUAUCCAUCGUCUGGUGAAAAGAGAGCAUGACCGAGCUGCUUUCUGUGGAUAAACGUCCUCUGAGCUCCAUUCUUGUGUCUCAUGUUUAGUCUCAUCAGGGUUCCACAGUCUGUCAUUCAGUUACACUGUUCAGAGCUUAUUUCUAGCGUUGCAUAAUGUAAAAUAAUGGAGGGAUGUUUGGAUCUACUACAUUAUUUAGCUGAAUUAACAAACCUCCACCCGCUGCUGGGAGCGCUGCAACGACAGCUGGUAAAAGUAUCGCAUAGAUUUUAAUAUUGAUCUUUCCAUUAAAAGCAUAUUUAUAGAAGCGGAGAUUCACCUUUGCACCAAUUAGUUGCUCUGAACUUUAGUUAUGUAAGCUUGUUUAGGAUGCUAUUGAUAUUCCUCUGCAGAAGGCUUCAUGUGCUCAAUGAAAAGCCUCAGAUUAAGAGAUCUGGGUGCCCUCUUUGUUCUUUGACUGGAAUUUACAGCUUUCUGGGGAUUGUGCUCUUUUUACACUCUUAGGCUGAAUUAUAUUGUGUUGCUAUUUAUCUGUUUUACUUAUCAGGUGCUUUCUGGAGAUUCUCAAACUAGCUAGUUGUGUUCAUGGAAGUGUUGCUGCUUUUAAGUUGACACCUCUGAGGGGAGCUGUACCUCUAUAGGGUCCAGGUGUCUGGACAGGGCAACAUACUGUAUGUUGGGGAGGCUUCUUUUCACCUCAGCACAGAUGCGUUCAUGGCACCUUCAUCUUCUUAGCGAUGCACUGCCUUUAGAUGAAAUCGUCUAAAGCGGUGACGAAUUAACAGCGAGCCUUGUGGGAGAAGCCUCACUUAGUGAGCGGAGUUCGGUGUGUUCCUGGCCCUGCCACUGUGGAGCUACUAAAAAUACCACGUGUGACCAAUCAAUCUGUGAACACUUCGCUUUCCCGAUGCCCACAAAGCAGAUUUGAAGUGGUAGCGGUGGGUCAAUAUCUGUGACCUGGAUAUCCAGCAGCUUUGUGACACCAUCCGUGUCAAUGCACAAAUUCAUCACAGACGAUGCUCACAGAUAAAGCUGCUAAUUCAGCUGCUCAGAUGUUAAUCCAUAGUGCUGUUUAAACAUGGGAUUGAUGAAUGACUGCUAAUGAAACUAGGUCAGUUUGAUGCCCAAAUGACUAUGGGGCUCAAAUCUCUCUGUGAUCUCAAUGUGAGCAGACCCCAAGCAGUGACCGUGUGUCAGACUGGAAAAGCUUGGGUGCGCUGGUGUUGGCCAGGGCAACUAGGCCAGACAAAUGAGUCUGGGGCAGGCCAGAGGACAGAAAACCAUUGGAAAUCAGUUCUGCUGAGCCUGAUAUGGUUCACUUGUGUGUGUCUAUUUCAGACGAUGGUCUCAGGCUCGAAUCUGUGCAGAAAGGAUCUUCAAAGGCUGCCCAACGUAGGGGGAAGAGGACGAUGGACAUGGCUACUCUGCGGCGCCAGCCAAGGUCCAGAGCAACGUCUUCCCGACAGGACCGUGGCUCCUGUUCGUCCACCGCGUCUUGUCCUGUCUUCUCCGGCCCAUACAGUGACCAUGAAGAAGACCCUCCACUGCGCCGCCUGUCCUCUCCUCUACUCAAAGGCUCUCUUUCCACUCUCCACAACUCCAGCUCCGACCGCAGAAGUUCCCUUCCUGGCAUCCAGGCGUCGGAUCCGUGCCUCCAGGGGUCUCCGCACGGAUUCCAGAGCUCCUUACCCAACCUGAGGGGAGCCGUCUCCCGGCUGAAGCGCCGGUCCCUGGGCAGCAUGGACGACGCCGGUCCCAGCGAGUGGAGUACCAGCCCCAGCGUACGCAGUGGCAGCUCCAGUGAUGACGAUGGCAGCUGGGACACAAACAGUUGGAGCUCAGGGGCCACCUGCCUGCUCCGGACCCCUGAUAAGCAGCGUAGCACUGAAGAGUCUGGAGAAUCGAGCGGGAAAACUAUUAACUCUGAGCAGACAUGCGCUUCUACCAAAGUUGAGCCUGAAGUCAUUUAUCAGAAUCUUAUCUUCUCUCAGCGUGAGGCUAAAGCUGAAAGCAAAGGCUGUUCCUCAGAGGGGGCUUCCACAGCAUUAAGGAAAGAGACGGGAACUCAGAGUGCCCCCUCAUCCUCCUCGAACAAGAGCGCUGCUCCACUCUCCUCCCAGCAGCAAGAUGAGAAGAUGGAGGACAGGCGCAAGUUCACCCAGUUCCUGAAUGAGGUCACCUGCAGGGUUCUGAAAUCCAACAGUGGUGCUCCUCAACAGCCGCCAGCUCUCCGACUCCACCACCUGUCUCCUCCGUCGCCGUCACCAUCGACCCCGUCCCACCCACUGCCAGCAAAUCCACCGCACUCAACACCGGCACCUCCACCGCUGUCUGCAUCCGCAACAAACCUGUGGUACAGCCCGGCCAGCUCCAACCUCCAGACCAUCAAGGAGCAGGAGUCAAAAGACCUCAGCAGCUCCAUCCGCCAGUGGAGCAAGACGCUGCCCAGCUGUAAGGUCCUGGAGCCUGGGGACUUGCUGAGGAAAGUGAAAGGCGAAAGCCACUCGUACCAAGAGCGUGACCUGGAGCUCUGCACAAAGAUCCAGACUCAGGCUUCCACCGGGAGACUUUAUCUAGAGACAGACAUCGACCGAGUGAGGCGGUUUGAUGAACUGGUGGCUAAUGGCGCCCUGGGGACCGAGUGCGGCGCGUCGGACAAGGCUGUGGAGAGAGGGAAGGAGAGGGAAAGCAAGAAUCCAUGGGAGAGGAAUGGAGGCUUGGGGAUAGAUAAAGGCAAGGAGAGCCACUGGGAGAGGGAGCAAGGAGGCGAGAGAGGAAAGGAAACGGAUAGAGGGCCCUGCUGGGAGGACAGAUGGAUGGAGAGAGGCAGGGAGAAGGUGAAGAAACUGGGAUUCAGCAGGUAUGAACCAGCAGCUCCCAGUGGACGGAGUAACUGCCCUGUGUUCAGCUGGCCAGAGGGCUUUCCCAGGAUGUCCUACAGGUCCACUUCACUGCCCAGGCCCAUCAACUUCACCGAAUCUGAUGGAGAGAUGCAGCAUGACACAAGCUCCUUCCACGACCACAAGGAUGACCUCCGCAAGCGCCUGUCGUACACCACGCACAAACUAGAGAUGGUGGAGACGGAGUUCGACUCCACCCGGCAGUAUCUGGAGACGGAGCUGCGCCGGGCGCAGGAGGAGCUGGAGAAGUUCACAGAGAAACUUCGCAGGAUCCAGAGUAGCUAUGCAGCUCUCCAGAGGAUCAACCAGGAUUUGGAAGACAAGAUGCACCGAACGUCCCAGCACCACGAGGAGGAGAAGCGGGCCCUGAGCAGAGAGAUCAUUCUGCUCAACAACCACCUCAUGGAAGCGAAGAUCACCAUUAAUAAGCUCAGAGAGGACAAUGACCUGUACAGGAAAGACUGCAACCUGGCAGCCCAGCUGCUGCAGUGCUCAAAGUCUCAUUACAGAGCGCACAAGAUGUCGGAGCUGCCGUUGGAAUUCCAGGAACGCAUCAGUUCCCACAUGGAAAAACAUAAUCGGGGCAGCGGGACCACCAUGGCCAUGUGCCACUCCAAUUACUCCGACGCCGUGCCCACCUCCAUCAUUGCCAAGGUCCUGGAGAAGCCCGAGCCAGGCAGCAGCUGCCCCGUGACGCGGUCGCCCAGCCCACAGCCGCAGGACGGAGAAACGGGAAGCGACGACCACCUCAACCGCCGCGCCGCCUACAAGACGUCCGACCUGUACUGCAGCGACACGGCGCUCUACUGCCCCGAGCGCUGGCAGGAGACGGAGCGCCGGCAGAGCGCGGACCUCCACGGCACCGGCCUGCUGCAGCUCCACGCCCAGAACUCCACCGACAGCAACCCGGACGAGGAGGCCUACCACUCGGGCAGCUUCUCCCACCGCGAGCCCUCGCCCCCCUUCCACCACCACCACGACGAGUUCGGCACCGGCAGCCUCCCGGCGUCCAGCUCCUACUCCAGCUUCAGCCUCGCGUCCGACGAGAAGGGCGGAGUUGGCGGCGGCUGUGGCCGAACUACCAGCAGCACCUUGUCCUCCUCCCACCAAGGGAUCUACAUGGACUGGCGGGAUGGGGGCAGUGGGGACUACGAGCAUAAAAGCAUGUCUUCGUAUGAUAAAGACAGUCCCAGCUUCCCCAAGUCCCGCAGCAUCCAGCACAUGGUGACGCCCAGGAGUCCACAGAAGGGCGCCUCGCCAGGGUACACAAGGACGGCCUCCUGCUUCAGUGAGCCCUACCAUUCCAGCAGCCCUCGCCUGGCCUCCUCCCACAGCAUGGGCUCCACCACUGGCCUGGGCCAGGCCUGCGGUGGCGCUCAGGACAGCAGGGCCGACGUUCAGGUCCCCGACGAGGACCUGAGCAGCCGCUGGAGACAGCUGAGUGUGGAAGACAUCAACGCCUUCUCGUCUUCCUACCGCAGCAUCGCAGGCAGGGUCUCGCCCUACAGCUUCUCCGAGCGCCACUUCGCCAUGGGCCCCUCCAGCAAGGUCAAGGGUUCCCUCUACAGCAGCUUCCAGGAAGGAGACGACGUCUUCCACAGUCGGAUACUGGACGAGUGCUUCGCCGCGGGCCCCCUUUCGCCCACUCGCAGUCCCAAACCCGCCGAGCACCGCAAGCAGGACAAGGCGUCUGCGCUGUACCGGGCCAAAGACGACAGCCAGGACUCCGAGUGCAGCCUCUUCCUCUCGGGGAGCUCCAAAGACAAAGAGAGCAGCGGGGGGGCGACGGGGGCGGGCAGCGCCAAGAAAGACUACGCCAACCUGAGCGCGGACAGCUCAGCCGAGUCCCUGCACCAAAGCUCCCUGGAAGCCUCCAGCCUCCAGCACUACCCCAGCCCCAGGCCGGCGGUCCGGCCCCGCCCCAGCUCCAGCUCCGCGCUCAGCAUCGGCCCCGCGCUUCCAAAGAAGACCUCCCCAAGAUACCAAAAAUUUGGCAGCACGGGGCUGACGCGGAAGGACAGUUUGACCAAGGCGCAGCUGUACGGCACCCUGCUGAACUGAGCGGAGCGGGAGCUCCUCGAUUUAUGCAUGACAGCGGCGGCUCCUGCCGGGUGCACUGUGUGGAGGAGCAAUGAGUUGUUGUUCUGUGUAUCUUUUAGCCAAGGCACGUUUAUGCAGUCUGUGUGUCGCCCCCUCAGACCAGGCAUCAGUGUGUUUAGUCCUUUACUUCAGUUGAUGACGAUGACAGACAAACACAGACCGACGAACCUACUGUGCUGUUUGCUCUGUUAGUAAAACCAGUGAGACUAUUAACUCCGCUCUAAUAUACACAACAGACAACGAAUCAGCGCGUAUGAUGGAAAACCUUAAUUACUUAUGGCUGAGCCGUGGUUUAGUGGACUCUGCUGACAGCAACUGUUAAAAAGCUUUACCCAUUCUCUAUUUUCUCCUGAAGUAAACGCAUAUAAACGCUGUAUAACGCCAGCCGACGGAAAAUCACAAUUGGGGUUAAAUUGUUUCCUAAUGGGGAAAUAAUCCGUAAGCACCACCAGAGAUGAUUAAUAUUCAGUUGUUGACAUAUGAGACAACGUACAUGCCAAUAAUUCACAGAAUAGAAAAAAUAGUAGUUUAAAAAUAGUUCUAAUAGUUGAAAUAGUUCUGAAAUAUUGUAUAUGCUCAAAAACUGUUACAGCUAUUUGCAAAAUGUUUAAAUUAGACAUGUUUAUUAGAAAUGAAAAGACAUAAAUAAUAAGUAACACUACGUGGAUUCAGAUUUUUUUGUAUUACGUCACUACAAAAUUUGAUCAAACCCGCGUGUGCAUUAUUUACUAUUAAUCCAGGGCACCCGUGGUUUUGCCUUAAUCCUGCUGAGUAGACAAAACGGCCUCCUUCACACCAUCCACCCACCGUGUACAUACUGUAUAUCUGCUGUGUUGUUAUCACGUGUACACUACUGUAACAGCAUGUGUUCUUCCCGUCACGCCAAACACACGCAUGUCCGGGUUCCUGCAGGAGGAUUCGAUCUGUGGUUUAAACUGGGAGGUAGUUUUCAGCUAAAAAUUCGUUUCCAACUGCUUUAAAUCUGACACACGCGGCCAAACUUUGCGCGCUAACUCUCCAACUGUCGCCUCGGGUGACACAGACCCAAACAAAAGUGCUGGUUCUUUUUGCUUUGCGGGAGCGAUUAACUGAACCGUUCCUCCGGGCGAGAGGUCCUGGAAUAGUUCCGUUCUGGAGACAAACAGAACCGGCGGUAAGACCCAAAAGUGAUGAGAUGUACAGUCAGUGUGUUGCUUUUGAACCAGCAUGUCCCAUUAGGCGAAUCUAGAAAACUCACUGUGGACGUAUAGAGAGAGAAUGUGCCGUGCUGUUGGUGAAUGACACGCUCCUGUUGAAGCAUAAAGCAUGCUGCCACUUGCUACUGUUACUAGUAUACUGUUGAUGAAGACUAAACUACAAUAACCCAGAGUCUGUGGCAUGACAAACCUGGAAGGGUUUCCUUUCUCCUCUUAGGCUCUUCAUAGAAGAUCUGAGGGGAGCAGUGACAGGGAUGGGCUGAAGAUCGGAAAAUGGCCCUCAGGCAGUCAGAAUAGAUUUGUUGCUUGGAUGCAGACCGACUUCUUUUUCUCACACUCCGGCAGAUCUGGGAAUUAGCUCAAGGCUCAAAGAUAAAGAUUUCUAAACUCUUCUUUUGGACCUUGUCCUUUUCACGAAGGUGAAAAUGUACCACAGCGAUUCUGUGAUUUGGUCUAGGAAUUAAAAGGUUCAGUUUGAGAAUUAAAAGCAUAAACGGAGUCCGUCCUGACGUAGGCUAUAAAUAGAGUUUAUUAUGACGAUCCAGGCUACAGCUGGUUUUACUGAAUGUUUUGACCCCAAGUGAAGGCGACGAAGAGGUUGUGUCCUUUCCUACCUCCAGCUCUGUUCCAUGAACAACAGGCCCGCUGUCUGAACGUCAACAUGUUUGUCUGUCUCAUGCAUGUUUAUAUAUUUUUGCUGUAUGUUUAUUUACUUAAUAAAGAUGAGCCCCUGGGAAUAUUUAAUUCCUAAUCACAUCUAGAUCUGGA